AUGGAGCAAAUGAAUGUUCUGGCAGAUGCUCUCAAGAGCAUCAACAACGCUGAGAAGAGAGGCAAAUGCCAGAUCCUCAUCAGGCCACGUUCUAAAGUCAUCAUUUGGUUCUUAACUGUGAUGAUGAAGCAUGGCUGCAUUGGUGAAUUCGAGAUCACUGAUGAUCACAGAGCUGGGAAGAUGGUUGUGAACCUCACAGAAAGGUUGAACAAGUGUGGAGUUAUAAGCCCUAGAUGUGAUGUGCAACUCAAAGACCUAGAAAAAUGGCAGAGCAAUCUGCUUCUAUCACACCAGUUUGGUUUCAUUGUGCUGACAACCUCUGCUGGCAUGGGGGGGGUGGGGGUGGGGAAGGCAAGAUGA